AUGGUUAUUUUCAACUACCAUUUUUAUAUAAACCAAAUACACCUCCAUAACCUUAAUAACCUUAAUAGCGAAAAGGAACUUAAUGUUUACAAUGCCAUUAAAGCUGUAAGACUUGCUUUGGAAUAAAUUAAAAUAAUUGUUUAUCCUGUCAAGAUUCCUUUUAUCUUUACCAAGAUAAGUAAUAUUGAUUCAAAAAUAAAAUUUAGAUGA